AUGUUGUCCUGGCAGUCUCCCCAUAACCCCAAGGAGGUGCAGAACCUACUGGGAUUUGCGAACUACUAUUGUUCGUUCAUCCUGCACUUCACUCAGGUCACAGCAUCUCUGACCGUCCUCCUUCGGAAAAAGGCUGUGUUUGUCUGGGAUGGUGCAGCUCAGGAGGCAUUAGAUGCCUUGAAGGCUGUGUUUGCUUCAGAACCCAUCCUUAGGCAACCGGACCCAACACUGCCGUUUGUGGUGGAAACUGAUGCUUCGGAUGUUACGGUAGGGGUAGCGCUACUGCAGGCCGACCCACAGCCUUCGGUGUUCUACCCCUGUGGGUACUACUUCUAA